GGGCGAAAAAGUUACAAACAUAAAACCCCAAAACGCUACACUUUAUAUGCACACACCUAUACAUACAGCUGUUCUCCUCCUCUCUGUCUCUUCACUUCUCUCUCAUUCACAGAUCUUCAAGCUCAUUUACAGGUGAAAUGAAGGGUUUAAUACCAUACUCCAGGGGGCUGGAUAGUCACAUCCGUCCUGAAAAUCCUAAAUGGCUUGCAGAAAAUAUUGAGGAGGUUGAUAAGAUUCUUGAAGAAAUUCGAAGGUUGACAGAAGAUGAAUAUUUUGAAGUUACAGACGCUGAAGGUUGUCAUCAACAAAAGCCACAGCUGGUAGCCCACGCUACAAGGAUUGGUGACAUGUAUAAAUUACUGGCGGAGCGCUAUAAUCAUUUGACUGAAGAAGUUCGCUUGCAAAUUUCUUCUCCAGUUAACAUGAAAAAUUCUGCUAUUAUUGACAGUGGUUCUCAACGUAUGUCUCCCUUGCAAACUCCAGAUCAGAAAUUUAUUAGUCCCAGAUCAGAACAGGAUGGUGAUUCCAAAAUGUAUCCAGGUUUAUUUAGUGGAAGCCCUGAUUCUUCUUCGAAAGAAGCUUCUGAAUAUUCCACGUCAUCAGACUCAGAAUCUGAAUCUUUCUACUCCACCACCAACAAGGACACCGUUUCACCUAUGAGUAUUAUGAGCAAAGUCCCAGCCAGCAAAUUUGUUGAACAAACUGAGUCUCAGGGAACUGAAGUGAUGGUCCAAAAGGUAAAGGAAGAAUAUGUAGAUGGCACAGCUAAUGUAAGAGAAUCUGAAGAUUCUGACAUGUUAUCUGGACGACUUGCUGCAUAUGAAGAUGAGCUGGUAAUCGCAAGGGAAAAACUUCAAUUUUUGGAAAAUGAAAAUGCCAGGUUGGAGGGUGAGCUCAAGACGCAACAAUCAGUGACAGUUUUGACAGAUAUCUCGAAUGCUCAGCUUCAUGCACAGCAGUCUGAACAAAUGCAAGAUGCAAAACUUGAAAUGGAAAAACGUAAGGUGCUGGAGCUACAAUAUCAGGUGGCCGAAUUACAAUGUCAGAUUGAUGACUCGAAAGGUUAUGUUGAGUUAUUGAUGCAAGAGUUGAAGAUGUACAGAGAAAAACUUAGGGGCUCAGAGGAAGAAAUUGAGAAACUGAAAAAAGAGCACUGUGAUAAGGUUUCUGAAGCAACUCUUCAGUUUCAAAUUCAACUUGAAUCUGCUUAUAAAAAUAUAGGCUUGUUAACGGCCAAUCUUAAUUUGGAACACGAUCAAGUUGUGGAGUUGGAGGAGAAAAUUCUGGGAUAUGCUGCUGACAAAUUACAGCAUGACAAAGAAAUCACUGCAUUGAAGCUAGAAUUGUCUGAUGCUCACAAAAACUUCUCUGAGGCGAAAGAACUUCUUCAAAGUGAUUUAUCUGGUCUGUUAGAACAGAAUACCAAAUUGAAUGCAAUAGUUGAAGACUUUGAAGCGCAGAUUAUAUCACUUGAAAAAGAGAUCUAUCGCUGCAAAUUUGAAAAUGUGGAAAUGCAAGCGUUACAUGAUGCUCAAGUGAUCGACUUGCAAGUUGACAUUGAAAAUUUGAAGGCUGAAGUAAAAGAUAAAAGCGAGCAAGUGGAGGCUGUGAAUAAAAACCUUGAUAUGCUCAUACUGAACUAUGAUGUGCUGAUGGAGAACAAAGACGUGAAGGUUGAAAAUCUGGAGGCUGAAGUAAAAGAUAAAGGCGAGCAAGUGAAGGCUCUGAAUAAAAACCUUGAUAUGCUCACACUGAACUAUGAUGUGCUGAUGGAGAACAAAGACGUGAAGGUUGAAAACCUCAAUGCUGAACUGUCAUCCAAGAAUGACGAAAUCCGAGAAAUGAAGAAUCAUCUAAAUCAGUUGCAGCUGGAGAAUGUAGAAAUGGUUGCUGAAUCUAAAAGAGGAAGAAAGCUUGCAGAUGAACUAAAUGAGAAAGUGGUGGAACUUCAGAAUGAGGUGGACAGGCAGUUAGCUAUGAUUUCAGAUCAAGCUGAGAAGAAGAGGGAGGCUAUAAGGCAGCUAUGCUUCUCUGUCGAGCAUUACAGAAAUAGAUAUCAAGAACUUCGUCAGGCAUUCUUGGCUCGGUGAAUUCGACUAGUCCCUGUAGAAUUCACAAGUUCUUGAUGGAUACAAUUACAUAUAGCUAUUACCAGUAUUCUGUUUUCACAUUUUAGCCUAUGCUUGAGCUCAGUGCUCAGCUGAAGUUGUGAUGUUGCCUGUGAUGGUCCAAACUUUUUAGAAUUUUGCAUAUUAUUGUUUGGCACAUUCUGUAAUCUGUUUUACCAGGGCUGUCAAUUUCUUGGUAAUCUAGUUGCUUAUGAGUUUCUUAGAUUACA